AUGCACGUUCUGACCAAGUUCCUGGACCACUUGGAGCGCAACGCAGAUGAUACCAGAUGGCAAGCGCUGGCUGGAGGUGUCGCGGUUUGUAUUCCUUGGCAAUGUGUGAAUGAAGAGGAGCCGGACGUUAUCCGAAAGAGCAGCAUUGAGUACAUUGCUUAUGCGACGGGCUUUGGAGACUCAGCAGUGUGGCUGCCAAUUCCGCGCCAAACAGACUUGAACAUCCUUGCCCGGUACUCAGCUUGGUUGACGACACCACCCAGCCAGUCAGACUCACCGAACCUAGCUCCAGGACAAGAGUUUGAAGGCGGUUGCAUUGUCGGCCGUGUGCCUGUCACAGCUCAGCUAUGCUGGUCUGGAGCAGCUGCUACGGAAUUGAUCUCCGACCUCUUGGAGACGUCCGCUGGUACGGCCCGGGCCUCGAUUGAUGAUUUUGUUGGAGUAGAGGCCAGCGAUGAGGAGUUCGACUUUGUUCGCCUCCUGCCAAGAAACAAGAAGCCACCAUGGCUUCUGUGUGACGACCCUAGCUUUCAUCAGGUGUGGCGAGACUGGGCACGUGCGCUGCGGGGAUGGAAGGACAUGCCGGAGCUCUUUGCCAGCGAGGCGUGGCUGUGGAUGGCCACAGUGAGGGUAUCGCGAGAACCACAGCUGUUCGCACCAAUUGAUUACAUUUCAUUGAACGUGCAAGCUAUAGAGUUGCAUACGAGCGCUGCGUUCAUCAUGGCUGCAUGCCCUGUGAAGCGACGACGGCAUCUUGAGUACACUGAGAUAUAUCAAGGGAGUUUGGCCACGGAUGAUGACCUAGCCUUGGAUGCAUCGCAGCAAGACCUGUUGCGGGCAGCUGCGCGCAAGUGGGCGAGCAAGAACAAGUGGGAGCUUGGCAGCUUCUCGUCAGUCACGUUCACUCCGACAGAUGAGUGGCUGUGCUCUGCAUUGUGCUAUAUGCAUGUGGAGUGUCACUCAAGAUCCGGCAGCUCCUUUCGUUUCACUGGCCGCUUGCACGAUGGUGUCUAUAGGCUUCGUGUUGAACAGGCUGGCGAAUGUGGCCGACACGGCGCAAAGCAAGAGCUGCAAAGCGCUUCAAUGCAGAUGAGAUUAAUUACUGUGGAAGACAGACGGGCUGUUGUAGACUGCGCAGAGCAGUUGAUGGCCUCUUUUCGGAAGGCGGUGAAACGGCUAGAGCAGGAGCAGCCCCUUCGUUGGGUUGCACAGCUGACUGGGUUCUUGGAUCAGUUGCAGUCCCUUGCUUCAGAGAGCUCCAAGAUCUUCAUAACUCCAGACUUCACUUUUCGGCUGACUGUCAUGAACUAUUCGUACGGACAGAUCACUUCCUCUGCCCACUCAAUUGAACUUAGUCCCUCGGUCAUGAACCUGGCAAAGGCUGCGCCGCGCGGACGAGCUCCGCACCUGCGUGUGCGAAGCAUAUGGGCAGUGAUUAGUGUCGUUGCCCAGCUGAUGUUCAUGCCGAGCCAUGCAAUGCUGCGGGUUGCGCUGGCGCACUUCCUCAUCUGGAUUCGGGAGCAAUGGGGAGAGCAGUCGUGGGCCGAUUACUUUGAGAGAGAGUAUUUUGUAAGAAGCGUGCCGCGCGAGCUCAUCAGUUUGCUUUGUGAGAUGUUUCUCAGGAAGCUAUCUCUGUCCUGUGUCCGCGAAUUUGACGGGGUCCUGGGUGAGUGCCCGGUGUGUCGCAAGAACUACCCGCGCAGCGUGCCUGGGGACGAGCGUGCCGACUGCCGUCAUGGGCAUUUGUUAUCAAUGGCUGACAAGUGCUGGGGCAACGAGUGUGCACGCUGCGGGGCCCCUCUUGCCAUAGAGUCUGUGCCUGGGGCCAGCGAGGACUCCCGGGUGUUGAUCGGAAAGUGCGCAGUUGCGUGUCGAAUUUGGCAGGACACAAUGGCCGAAUCAGAUGAUGACAAGCCGUUGUCGAUUGUCUUCAGUGGUUUGCUGUGCCACACAGCUGCCCCCGUCAAGAGUCAGGCUGGUCUCUUCCCCGAAGAAGAGGAUGCUGCCAGCUAUUUUUGGGCGCGUUGCGCAUCCGUCGCAGGACCGGACUUGGUGCUAGAGAAGCCUGCUGAGCAUGUCGGGAGGCGCAAGGCUGAAGAGGCUGACGAGCCACUGCCGUCUCGGCGUGAUCUCAACUUGCCAGAGUACAGAACCGUGCUUCCUGCAAAGACGUGUUUGGCUGAGCGUGCCCUGGGCCCAACGGAAGCAGUGACAGAAACAAUGGCGAGCUUGUCGAAGCCAGGGCGCCGUGGUGACAAGUCCGUGCAGACAAAGCUGCGCAAGGAGAUGCGGGAUCGCAAGGCCACGGAGCAUGACUUGGGGCAGGAUCACCUGAAGGUAAAGGAUCAGGCCACGCGUGCUCUUCAGACCGCAACGGAGACGCUGAUGCGGCGCCUGUUCGAAGACUCCAACCUGCUCUGUCGGCAUGCUGGCCGAGUCACGGUGUUCCCGAAUGAUAUGGAGGCGUGCUUGCACGUGCCCGAGAAGGAGAUGCUCUCGCCGAGGCACGUCUCAGGGUCUUGCAAGCGCUUUUCCGGGCCCACGAUGCUGGCUGACGGAGGAACACGAGCACGUGAGGAGGGACCUGCGGACUCAGAAAAAGCACCAUCAAACGGGAGAGCAGCCAGCGAGGAUGGGCAGGAGCGGGGAUCGCCCCUCCAGCACCAAUCCAAGAACAACCCUCCAGCACCAUUUCAAGAGCACCCCUCCAGCACCGCACCAUUGAAAGAUCACCCUUCCAGCAACAUUCCAAGAGCACCCAUCCAGCACCAGUCCAAGAUCACCCUUCCAGCGCCAUUUCAAGAGCACCCGUCCAUUCCAAGAGUCUACUUGCACUCCUUUGACCUCUGCGAAUCUGACCACAUACCUGUUGAUUGGAGGUGGAAUGGGGAUGAUUUCUGUGCAUACCACUACAUUCGGGACGGAGAUGGGCAGAUGCAACAUGCAGUCUCAACUUUAUGUACGGGAUGGAAGUUGAACAACUUCGCAGCCUUGAAAGGCUUUGUGGCGGCGCUGACCGUCCGCUCGCAGGCACUUUGGCAGAUGGGUGAAGAAACUCGCGCCCACGAGGAUCUGCGCAUGGGCGAAGCCAUGCUGGGCAGCUGUGCAGAGUUUGACCUUGUUGGAGACCUGUGGGAGAGUGCUGCAGAUCUGCAGUGGCAAAUGCUUGCUGUCCAGCGCCCGGAACCGCUGAGCCAAUUGGAAGUUCCUGGACGCAGAGGUGAGUUACAGACAGACGACACUGAUGCUCAGAGAUUCGCCAUGUGGCAUGCGCUGCAGUUGAACAGUCUGGUACGUUGGCACUUGAGCGCUGUCACGCGUGAAGCUGACUUCUCCAAGACGCCAACUCUGUCCAUGCUAGCCUACCCGUCGUAUCUCUCGUUGCUCCUCAUUCCUGCUUUGCUGAAAGUUUGGCCAGAUCUUCAACUCUCGCUUUUCCGCUUGGGCCAGUGGAUGACUCACGAGAAAUGCCGUGCCUGCGCACAGCUCUAUGAGGAGCGUUUCCUCCUAGAUGAGCCCGCCCUACAGGAGCUGCCUCUGGACUUCUCGAACCAACCUGCCGGAAACGUCGCAUGGUCGCCAGACUCUCUCGACCAUGGUGACUUCAUGGUUCGUUUGAACAAGCUCUUGGUCCAUCCGCGUAUGCGUGCCGGUGAGGUUCUGCUGUGCGUUGCUCCCCUAUGGCUCUGUGUGAGCCUCCUGCUGGCCAACGCGGGACGGAAGCCAUUCCUGUCGCUGUGUUUGAUGCGCCAUGAUUUGGGUGGGCCACCAAGCUUCACUGCAAGUUUGGCCCGAGAAAUUCUUUCGAAGGACGUCGUGGAGCCCUUGGUAGCCGCCGUUAACGGCCGCCAGCGGCUGGAAAACCUAUGGGUGCGGGAAGACAUGGCUCGCUCCUAUGGGAACUUUGAACUUGAGGAGUUUGGCAACUUUCACCCAUUCGUUUGGCUGCCAUCGAUAUACAUUGAAGAUAGAUACCAGGGGUGCCAUGAGGUGGCAGAUGUCGUCGUGAUGCGUGAAGGAUCGCUAGGCCGCUUUGCCCCCACAGUGCACGGCCACCUCUUCUUCAGCUUGCUGACGCAGAUGGUUCCUGCCAUCGGUGCGGGUAAAGCAUCGCUUGCCCCAGUCUUCGUUUUUCCGCACCUGGCACGCAACAGGGUACACUUGUUUGACUUCGAGAAGUUUGGAUCUUCGAACUUGCUUUUGAAGGGCGCGGAUGAGCCACGGCCCUCUCCUGUGGUGCGGUACUCUGCAGAUCAGCUGCUGUUCCUCUUCUUGGAUCGAGCGCCGAGCACGCUCAAGCGGCAUCUCUCAGGCUGGAGGCGUUGGGCUGAGUUCUGUCGCUGCUCCAACAUCGCGAUGGGGGAGCCUGCCUGCCCUCACGUCCUUGGCUUCCUUGAAGCGCUUGCAGAAGGGUCGCGCAGCAACAGGAAGGGCGUUGUGCAUGCGCUUGGAUUUGUUGCCUACAAGCUGGCGCUCCCGGUGUAUUUCCAUGCGGUACGUGAGUUGGAGGCCGCUUCCCACGAGCGCACUGGUACGGACUUCUGGUUGAUUUCUUCCUUCCUGCUAAUGCUUUCGAGCGGCUUGCGUUUUUCGGACGCCCAGCGGCUAUCUUUACAGUCUUUGACAGUAGAUGGCGAAUCGCUGCGGGGCUGGGUUUGGAGCAAGGAAAGCCCUACCGGCUUUGCGUUUGGUUGUUUGCUUGCUGGAUGUACAAGGAACUUUUGGAGGCAGAAGUUUACGGACGCUUCGCUUCAGGUCCGUGCGGUUGACCCCCUGCGUGACUUCCUUCUAUCCGAUGGCGGCCGGCCGUUAGGGAAUUCGUCAGCAUUGGCGCAAUUCCGGCGAUGCCUGGCCACUUAUUCUUCCCUGGACAAGUCGGAGGUCACCAAGUUCACUUUGCAUAGCUUAAAGACUAUUUCAUUAAGCUGGGCUGGCCAAUUACCCAUUGCCACGGAGGAGAAGGCGGCGCAGGGCCACCCCCGGAUGCGGAACUCUUUGGGCUGCGUGGAGAAGUACCGCCAUGACGAUGCACACCCAGCACUUCGCUGUCAGCGCAGACUUCUUCAAGCCAUCAGUGCUGGCUGGCAGCCCGGCACUGCCGUGCAGCAAGCUGUGGAGCAGGCAGUGCCAGUGCCAGCGGAUGGCGCAGUUGCGGAUGGCUCGGAGACUGAGUCUGAGGGUGCUGCGUCUGAGCCUGGGCAUAGUGUGUCUUUUGGUCCCGGUCACGUGAUGUGA